AUGCUUUGUGGUUCGUUACGAAAUCGAAUACACACUUGGCUUCGCGACUACGUUAGACUCCAAUCUCUCGUCGUGAUCCUUAUUUACGCGCAGAUAGGGUGCUCGUUGAUCGGUUCACUAGGGGCAUUGUACAAUGGAGUCUUGCUGAUAAAUUUGGCGAUUGCGUUAUUCGCGCUGGUGGCAAUAGAGAGCAAUAGCCAGAGUCUUGGCCGGACCUAUGCGGUUCUUCUUUUCUGCGCCAUUCUUCUUGAUAUCUCAUGGCUCAUACUCUUCUCCAAAGAGAUUUGGAACAUUUCAUCUGAGAUGUAUCAAGCCCUUCACAUCUUCUCUGUGAAACUCACCAUGGCUAUGGAAAUUGCUGGGUUCAUUGUGAGGCUAUCGUCAUCUCUGUUAUGGUUUCAGAUUUAUAGGCUGGGAGCUUCCAUUGUAGACACUUCAUUUCCCCGUCUGUCAGAUUCAGAUCUACGAAAUAGCUUCUUAGAGCCUCCUCUUUUAGCUAGGCAGAGUUCACGUGGUCCUGGAUUACGAAAUAGCUUCUUAGAGCCUUCUGCUAUAGCUAAGCAGCGUUCACGUUCUGAUGAGAUCUUGGGAGACUCUAUCGACGAACUAGCCUACCACAACACUCCUCCAUUGGAUGAUGGCCAAAACAAUAUCACUUCACCCAAGGUGAUUAAAUAUCAUUCAGCUGGGAACAUGUACAAAGGAUCACAAUCAUCUGCUGGAGAAGCCUCUCGAAGUAAGUCUCCGCUUUCGAGAUCCUUGGAGUCCCUUGAUGCUAGUCUCCACUGA